GCUUGGCAGCGUCUUUUCCCUCAAGCACCAUGAAGCUCUUCCUUGCUCUGCUUGCGCUGGCUUACGUGGCCCCCUCUACUGAAGACUCAUCAAAUUGGUGCUAUGAGGUUCAAGCCAGGGAGCCCAACAGCCAGUGCUUGGGGCCUGAACAAUGGACUGGAAACUGUAAGGGGGAAAAUCAGUCCCCCAUUAACAUCGUCAUUGCUAAGUCAAAGGUGAACUCCAGCCUGACACCCUUCACCUUCGUCGGCUAUAACCAAAAGAAGCGUUGGAUAAUUGAGAACAAUCAUAACACAGUGACGAUACCUCUGAAUGGGGGCAUGUGCAUUUUGGGAGGUAACCUGCCUGGCCGGUACGAGGCCAUCAAGUUGCACCUGCACUGGUCACAGGAGCGGAACAGGGGUUCAGAGCACACCAUUGAAGGAAAACGCUAUGACAUGGAGAUGCACAUCUUGCAUAAGAAGAUAGUAUCUGGCGAUAAGGUGCAGGACUCCAACGACAAGUAUGCAGUGCUGGCAUUCAUGAUUCAGGUAUCAGAGAAGAUGAACGAGGGCUUCCAGCCCCUAAUAGAAGCACUGCCCAGUAUCUCCAAACCCAAUUCAAACACUGCACUGAAGGAGCUCCGCCUGGAGGACAUGCUUCCCUCGAGCGAGAAAAUGUAUUACUACUUCCGUUACCAGGGUUCACUAACUACACCAAACUGUGAUGAGACCGUCAUCUGGACUGUGUUCAGGGAGCCCAUUAAGAUCCACAAAGACCAGUUCCUGGAGUUCUCAAAAAAUCUGUACUAUGAUCAAGAUCAGAAGUUGACCAUGAAGGACAAUGUGAGGCCCCUGCAGAAACUGGGAAAACGCCAGGUGUUCAGGUCCCAUGCUUCAGGACGGCUGAUGUCUUUGCCCCUGCCCACUCUGUUGGUCCCCACACUCACCUGCCUGGUGGCCAGCUUCCUCCAGUGAUGGUCCAAUUCUGGAUAUCUGACCUCUGACCUCAGCCUUUAAAGGAUAUGGCUUAUCUUUCUUAAUCUUUUCAGGUUGAACUUUGGAAACUAUUAAAAUAUGAGUAGCUGGCUGUGGUGUGCACACCUUUAAUCCCAGCCCUGGGGAAAAGGGGACAGAGACAUGUGGAUCUCUGACCUUCCCCUAUUCCCUGAUUAAAUGAAAUAAAAUAUGGAUAUGUUUUUAGAAAAA